GACACAGCGGGCGGUCAGGCGGUGCGGAGCGCGGCGGGUCCGGCGCGCUGUAGGCGCUGCUCACCUGCUGCGGCGCCAACAGCAGCACGGCCGUGCCCUCCGCCGCCUCCACGGCCACCAUCCCCGGCUCAGCCGGCGGCAGCAUCCCGGAACGAGUGAAGGAGGAGGCGAACUCCCGCCAGGCCUCCUCUUCCCGGCUCGCGCGGGCCACUGCGCGGGCCGAAGCCCGGCGGGGGCGGCUGCGCCGAGCGGGCAUGACCGCCGAGCCUCCUCCGCCUCCCGGGGCCGCCCCUCGGCUGGCCCCGCCCGCCGCCGCCGCCCCGUUAAGAGCCGCCCGCGCGGAGCGGGGCCGCCCCGCCAUGCCGCCGCCCGCGCUGCUCCGCCUGUGCCUCUGCGCGGCUGCCGCCGCCGCCUCCUCCUCGUUCACCCUCCGCGGCGAUCACCGCCUGGCCGGGCUGUUCCCGCUGCACACCGCAGCGCUCCAGGACGGCACCAGCCUGCUCGUGCGGGGCUGCGAUGACGCCGCCUUCAAGAGCCACGGCUACUGCCUGUCCCAGGCCCUGCGCUUCGCCGUGGAGGAGAUCAACAACUCCAGCACGCUGCUCCCCAAUGUUACCCUGGGCUACGAAAUCUACGACACCUGCUCUGAGCCUACCAACUUCCAUGCCACGCUGUGUGCCCUCGCUCGUAAAGGCAAGCAGGAUGUCCAGGUGCUCCCCAGUUUCCAACACUAUGAACCCCAGGCUGUGGCUGUCAUUGGCCCUGACAGUACCCGGCUGGCCCUCACCACAGCCGCUGUUCUCAGCCUCUUUCUUGUACCAGAGAUCAGCUAUGAAGCCUCCACAGAGACGCUGAGCCUGAAGCGGCUGUACCCCUCUUUCCUGCGCACCAUCCCCAGCGACAGGCAGCAGGUGAAGGCCAUCUUCUUGCUGCUGCAGCACUUUGGCUGGACCUGGGUGGUGCUGCUGGGCAGUGACAACACCUACGGCAUGGCUGGCCUGGAUGCCCUGCAGGAGCUGCUGACUGCAAGCAACGUGUGCGUGGCCUACCGAGGCACCAUCCCUGCCAACUCGGAUGCCAACAACCCAGAGCUUCACAACCUGGUCCGAAUCCUCACAGAUGUCAAGGUCAAUGUCACUGUUGUGUUCUCCAACAGAGGAAGCGUUCUGCCCUUCUUCGAGGUGGUGGUCCAGAGGAACGUCACAGGCAUGGUGUGGGUGGCCUCCGAAGACUGGUCAUUGGAUCAAACUAUCUGGAAGGUGCCUGGCAUCCAGACCACCGGUUCUGUGUUUGGCAUGGCAGUUGAGAAGCCAGAGUCCAUGAUGCUGGAACGCUUUGAAGCUUGGAAGAUGUUGGAGGAAAGUACUGCGGCUGAGUGUGCCAGCAGUGCGGAGGCAGGCAGGGAAUCCGUGGGGAACGCACGGCUGGACUGCACCCAGUGCUGCACCGGCUGCCGCGCACUUGCCACUGUCCCUGACAUGUACGAUGCUCAAGGCUCCUUCAAUGUGUACUCGGCCGUGUAUGCCGUGGCCCAUGGCCUCCAUGACCUGCUGGGCUGUGCCUCGGGGGCCUGCAGCAAAGGCACUGUCUAUCCCUGGCAGCUCCUACAAAAGAUUAGGCAAGUAAACUUCACCCUGUUCAGGAGCCGAAUCUCUUUCGAUGCCAAUGGGGACAUUCAUAAAGGCUAUGACAUUGUCAUGUGGAAGUGGAGGGGCCCAAACUGGGCUUCUGAUGUGAUAGGAACCUUCCGUGUGAACCCUGAAAGGCUGAGCAUCAACCCAGACAAAGUCCUGUGGCAUACAGAAGAUGGCCAGGCUCCCAGCUCGGUGUGCUCAGAGGCCUGUAAGCCAGGGGAGAUGCGGCUGCAGCACAGCCGCCACAAAUGCUGCUUCAGCUGUGUGGCCUGUCCAGCAGGAACUUUCCUGAACACAUCGGACCCCUUUGACUGUCAGGCCUGUGGCUUGGACGAGUGGGCCCCAGCAGGGAGCGAGGUCUGCUUCAACCGCACCAUCGAGUUCCUGUCCUGGUCCGAGCCCCUCUCCUGGGCGCUGCUGUCCAUGGCUGUCCUUCUCAUGCUGCUCAUAGCGGCGCUGGCUGUCCUCUUUGCCCUCAAGGCCUCCACACCUGUGGUCAAGUCUGCGGGUGGGAAGACGUGUUUCCUCAUGCUGGGCUCCCUGGCCUGCACCUGCAGCAGCCUCUUCUGCUACUUCGGGGAGCCCUCGCGGGCGGCGUGCCUGCUGCGGGUGCCGCUCUUCACCAUCAGCUUCACCGUGUUCCUCUCGUGCGUGGCGACCCGCUGCUUCCAGAUCCUCUGCAUCUUCAAGCUGAACGCGCGCUACCCCGCGCUCUACGAGGCCUGGAUGCGCCGCCAGGGGCCGGUGCUGUUCGUGGCCGCCAGCACGGUGGCACAAGUGGCGCUGUGCGUGAUCGCCGAGGCCGCCAGCCCCUCGGUGCCGCGCCGGGAGUACGGUGCGCGGGACGAGUGGGUGGUGCUGGAGUGCGCCCAGAGCGCCGGGGCCGACGCCGCCAUCGCCUACACGGUGCUGCUCAGCGCCGGCUGCUUCGCGCUCAGCUACGCGGGCACGGACCUGCCCGCCGCCUACAACGAGGCCAAGAGCCUGACCGUGAGCCUGCUGCUCCACCUGGCCUGCUCGGCCGCCGUGCUCUGCUCGCGGGGCGCGCUGCGCGGCCGGGCCGAGACGGCGGCGCGGGUGCUCGGCACGCUGGGCACGCUCGCAGCGCUGCUGGGCGGGUACUUCGUGCCGCGGGCCUUCGUCAUCCUGCUGCGGCCGCACCAAAACACGGCCGAACACUUCCAGAUGGCCAUCCAGGAGUACACGCGCCGCCUGGCCGCCGCCUGA